GGAAGGAUUUUGGAGAAGACUGGACUUUGCAGCCAACUCACUUUUGGCCGAUACGUACGACAGGGACGGAAACUAGGGCUGGAUCCAAAGCUCUUUAUCCAGGAUCUGCAGUUUAACAAAGUACCUGUGAGGGUUUAUCAGCCUAAAGCUACCUCUGAUGGGCGAAGGAGAGGCAUCCUCUUCUUUCAUGGAGGAGGUUGGGUAUUUGGAAGCCUUGAUACCUAUGAAAAAGUAUGUCGCUACCUCUCCAGGGAGAGUGACUCUGUAGUGGUGUCUGUGCAGUACCGUUUAGCCCCUGAACACAAGUACCCUGCGGCGUACGAAGACUGCCUGAACACCACCGAGCACUUCCUGAGCAACACCGAGCACUUCGGGGUGGAUCCUGCCCGAGUCAUCGUCUGUGGGGACAGUGCUGGGGGCAAUCUAGCAGCUGCUGUUAGCCAGACCCUUGCAGGCAGGUCAGACCUCCCCAGACUCCGUGCUCAGAUCCUGAUCUACCCAGGCCUUCAGGCACUGGACUUCAAUUUACCAUCCUAUCAUCAAAACCGAGGAGUCCCUCUGCGCUUCCGAGAACGUGCCGCUUUCUUUGCUUUGCUCUACCUAAAUGGGCAUGCAAUGCACAUACAAGAGGUCUUGGAGGGCUCUCAUAUUCCUCCAGACAUGAGGCUGAAGUACAGGAAGUGGGUGAGUCCAGAUAACAUCCCUGAGAGAUUUAAGGUCAGAGGUGUGAAGCCGCUCGGACCCAUCGAUUUUAUAGCUGAAGUUUAUGAGACAGUGAAGAGAUUCUGUGAGCCCAACCUGUGCCCAUUGCUGGCUGAAGAUGCUGUUGUUCACCAGCUGCCUGAGUCUUUCAUCCUGACCUGUGAGUACGACGUGCUGCGGGACGAUGGGUUGCUGUACAAGAAGAGAUUGGAGGACAAUGGUGUUCGAGUGACCUGGUACCACCUCGAGGAUGGAUUCCAUGGGAUCAUAAGCCUAUAUGAUUAUUGUGGUUUCUCAUUUCCAUCUGGGAAAAGGGGAUUGGACAGCGUGGUUACCUUCCUAAAAAGCUUAUAGUAAACAUCUUAGAUUCCAUGAGUCUGUUCAUGCCUCAAACCUAGGGAAAACAUCUUUUUAGGAUAUUUAAUAUCUGGAGAUGGGUAGUCAGUCAGGGGCAGCCAUGAACAACGAUAAACAAGGCUCAUCAGAACCUCAUUCCAGCUGUUAGUUGGAACAUGGAAUAUGCAAACCUUAUACAAGCUUGUACCAUACUGCAAGCCCUUUAGCUCUGUCAGUAAAGAACAGUACUUUGAAUGGACAUCCUGGCUUGCUCCAGUUUCAAAUAAAAUGUGUCUGUAUGAAGAGAAA